AUGGCGUCGACAAAACCACCGACCCGAUAUGAGGAUCCUGAGUACCAGGAGACUCACACUGCACUUUUCAGCAACUCGAUCACCCAGCCUCUCAAACCUACCCUCCCGCCAGGGGUUGGGCAGCCUGAGUUCCAGCAAGCCGUCGAUGAGUUUGUCGGCGCGCUGGGCUCGGAUGGAGUUUUGAUUGGCGAUGCGUUAGUAGACUAUGUUGACCCUUAUGAGCUUUAUGAUGAAGACACAGCAGAGAGAAAGGUCCCCAGUGCUGCUCUCUUGCCACGAUCGGUGGAAGAGAUCCAAAAGGCUCUCCGAAUUGCCAAUAAGUUUGGCAUUCCUGUAUGGACUUUCUCGAGGGGAAAGAAUCUUGGGUACGGUGGGCCGGCACCUCGUGUCGCUGGGUCUAUUGCACUGGAUCUGCACCGUAUGAAUCGCAUUAUUGAGGUGAAUGCAAAGUUUUCCUAUGCGGUCGUCGAACCAGGGGUGACAUUCACCGAUCUGUACAAAUAUUGUUCUGAGAGAAAUCUGUCCGUUUGGCCAAGUGUGCCCUCCCUAGGAUGGGGAAGUGUCGUGGGAAACACACUUGAUCGUGGAACAGGUUUCACGCCGACAGCCACACAUCAUCAGAAUAUCAGUGGCGUGGAGGUCGUCCUUGCGAAUGGCGACCUUGUCCGAACGGGUCAAUUCGGCAUCAGCGGAUCAAAGUCAGCACACAUAUCGAAAUUCUCCUUCGGACCCUCUAUCGAAGGCCUGUUUCUUCAGAGCAACCUGGGAAUUGUCACGAAGAUGGGCAUUUGGCUAUACCCACAGCCACCUGCAUAUGCCUCCUGCACCCUUGAUGUGCCGAAUCUCGAGGAUAUUGAGCAUGUCGUGGAUUUGUUCAAUGAGCUGCGACAAAGCGGUGUUAUCCCGAACACAAUAUACAUAUCAAAUAUCAUGGAAUGGAUUGCCAUGAAGGGACAGCGGGAGGAGUUUUGGACUGGGGCUGGCCCUAUCCCGCCCUGGCGAGUCAAGGAGCUGCAGAAACAACUCAACCUUGGAUACUGGACUGCUAAGUUUGGGGUUUACGGACCAACAGCAAUCGUCGAGGCACAGAAAGCCGAGAUACAGCGACUGAUACGAGAAAGGGUUCCCAUGGGGCGGUUUCAGGCCCGUGUUUUCAGCGGCAGCCCCGGCCAGCGUCUCAAGGCUGAAGACGUCCCAUUAGAAGAAGGCGGGUUAUUUGUCGGCAUACCGUCUCUAUGGAGUUUACCGAUGGUCAAAUACCGUCUUCCUUUGAAGGGAGGGGGAAUUGGGGGCCAUAUUGAUUUCUCCCCGAUCAUCCCCAGCUCCGGCAAGGACGUCGUGGAGUGGGCCAAACUUUCCAGGACGGUGUGCGAGGAGAAUGGGUUUGACCUGUUCUGUGACUUUUUCAUGCACGAGCGGCAUGUCAUCUUCGUCAACUUCAUGACCUUUGACAAGACGAACCUUGGCCACCGCGAGGCUAUUCGGAAGAUUUUCCAGGGCCUCUUCGGAGAGGGUAAGGCGCGUGGGUAUAGUGCGUACAGAUCUCACAUCAAUUUCAUGGAUGCUGUUUCUGACUUCUAUGAUUUCAACAAUUAUGCCUACCGACGCUUUGUCGAGAAACUCAAGGAUUCACUUGAUCCACAAAGCAUUCUUUCCCCGGGGAAGCAAGGAAUCUGGGGACAAAAAUUCCGCAGCAGCCAGCUCAAACCUCAGUCCCGCCUCUAG